ACAUUGAAGUUCCAUUUGGUUGUGGGCAACUUGAAAGCCUGCACUGAAGUUUAGGAUUACACGACACAAUCCUUGAACUGUUGGAUCUUGAAAUGAGGAAUAAAUUACAAAAUGAAUGGUAAUUUAGAAGCAACAAAGAAGUGACUGACGGUGUAUUAAUUUUACUUGAUUAUAAAUAGCACGUCCGAACUAAGAAGGAAACAACAGCAUAACGAAGAAGUUGAUAGAACAUGAUAUAGCCGCAUAAUACUCUGCUUUUUGUUUUUUUAAUUAUAAAUUCGGGUGCUUUUGUUUCUUCGAUGUUGAUGUCGAACAUGGAGUUUCUGCCACCGUCUGUUGUGGAUACAAACUAUAAUUGGGAGAGAUAGAAAGGAGAGAGAUUUGCUGCACAGCAUUACAAACAAGGGAGACGCGUGGUGAGUCAUUGCUUGUUCUCUGUCUGGCUACAGUACUUUGCUUGCUCUUCCUCGUACAAACAAAUUCAUUUUCCCACCUCACCUCUGAAUUCUGAUAAACAUAGAAGACUAAACGCAAAUGUCCAGAAUCGUUCUUCGAAAUCCUCCAUCUUCGCCACCUCUUACAGUACUCCUCAACCCAAUACCCUACGUAUUCCGUCAACCUUCCUCAACUCAACUAUAUCUCUUUCCCAGAAAGCCCUCCCUCAAACCUCUUUAUUCCCUCAACCUCCCUUCCUACCUUCCCUCCUUAAACCCCACCUCCUCUAAUAAACCUCGCCCCCUCUCCGGCACCCUCCGUUCCCUCCAACCCUACCUCCUCUCCCAAUGCACGCCCAUCCUUGCCGGCUGGCUCUGCAGCCUCGUCUCCAUCCUAUCCCUCUCCAUGCUCGUCCCCAAGAUCGGGAAACUCUCCUCCGUCCUUACCUACGUCGACGCCCUUAGGUUGAGGAACGAGGGUUUCUUCUUAGGGGCUCUGGUCUUGGUCCGCUUCGUCGCUAGCUACUGGCAGCAAGCGUUCCUGUGGGACGCCGCCUUGAACGCUGCGUAUCGACUUAGGGUCUACGUCUUUGAUAGGGUUCUGGAGAGGGACCUGGCAUUUUCCGAAUAUGGCGGCGCCAUUUCGGCCGGGGAUAUCGCGUAUCGGAUCACCGCUGAGGUGGCCGAUAUCGCCGAUACCGUCUAUGCUGUUCUCAAUACCAUUGUACCCAGUACUCUGCAAUUAUCAGCGAUGGCGGCGCAGAUGUUAAUGAUCAGCCCAGCCCUUUCAAUCAUUUCGGCACUGGUGAUUCCAUGUAUGGCUCUUCUCGUUGCCCAUCUUGGCGAGAAGCUUAGAACGAUAUCUAACGAGGCACAAAUGAGUAUUGCUGCCCUCUCAGCCUAUUUAAAUGAGGUCCUUCCAGCUAUUCUAUUUGUGAAAGCAAACAACUCAGAGCUGUGUGAAAGUGCCAGGUUUCAAAGGCUUGCUCAUACCAACUUAUCUGAUCAAUUGAGAAAGAAGAAAAUGAAGGCGUUCAUUCCUCAGAUAACACAGAUUAUAUAUUUUGGAGCAUUGUUUGUUUUUUGUGCUGGUUCGCUGAUGGUUUCAAGUGGUUCUUUCAAUGGCGGUAGCAUGGUUUCAUUCAUUACCUCAUUGCUUUUUUUAGUUGAGCCAAUUCAGGGUGUGGGGAAAGCAUACAAUGAGUUGAAGCAAGGAGAACCUGCUAUUGAACGCCUGUUUGAUUUGACCAGGGUCAACUCUAAGGUGAUCGAGAAAACAGAUGCCAUUGAUUUGGACUGUAUAGAAGGGGAGGUGAAAUUUUGUGAUAUCUCAUUUGGAUAUGGGGAUAAUGUGCCCUUAGUUUUGAAUGGAGUGAACCUCCAUAUUAAAGCUGGAGAGACAAUUGCUCUUGUUGGGCCUUCUGGAGGAGGAAAGACUACCCUUAUAAAAUUGCUUCUUCGGCUUUAUGAUCCUUUAUCUGGUGGUAUACUUAUUGAUAACCAUAACAUCCAAGACAUCCGGUUGGAUAGUUUGAGGAGACAUGUCAGUCUGGUUUCUCAGGAUAUAACACUGUUUUCAGGGACAGUUGCUGAGAACAUUGGGUAUAGGGAUCUGAUGUCAAGCAUUGACAUGGAGAGGGUUGAGCAUGCAGCACAAACUGCAAAUGCUGAUGAAUUUAUCAGAAAACUUCCAGAAGGUUACAAAACUAACAUUGGACCAAGGGGCUCAAUUUUGAGUGGAGGCCAAAAGCAAAGACUAGCUCUUGCAAGGGCACUCUAUCAAAAUCCCGCUAUACUGAUAUUGGAUGAAGCAACUUCUGCUCUAGACAGUAGGUCUGAGUUAUUGGUGAGACAAGCUGUGGAGCGCAUGAUGCAAAAUCGUACAGUACUGGUCAUUGCACAUCGGUUGGAAACAGUUUUGAUGGCUAAACGAAUAUUCCUUUUAAAUGAUGGGAAGCUAGAUGAGCUAAGUCGCUGGACUCUUGUGGGUAGACACCACGACUUGGCAGAAUCAACUGGACUUGUGAUUUGAAAUUACCACUGCAAAAAUGGUGAUCGAUGAACGGAGUGUCAUUUUAUUGGUUGGGGAAUCGGUGCUAGGAAUGGUAGAGGAUAAAGGAAACAGUACUUUCUGGAUCAUAUGAAGAGCAGAACUUAAAAUAUAAGUAAGUUCAUGUAUAGGUUUAAUGUUAAAAAAAUUAUUUUUCAUUAGUCACUA